AUGAUUCUCUUUCCGACGAAGGCCUCCCUUGGGGGCUUCUUCGACCCUUCUCAUCUCACGAAUGCUUCUCCCAAGACCAUUGUCAUUGCUGUCUUUGUCCUCCUCGUUUUCUACUACAUAACCUCCUCCAUCAUCGCCUGGUACCGCCUUCGUCACUUCGACGGCCCAUGGCUCGGCAAAUUCUCCUACCUCUGGAUCUUCAAGAUCAUUCACUCGGGCCAAAUGGGCGAAGCAGCCCACGCCGCCCAAGACAAGUACGGCGGCGUCGAGCCCGGCUACCCCUCCACCGUGCGCAUCGGUCCUUCAGACCUCAUCACCACCGAGCUCGAGCUGAUCCGGCGCAUGUCCGGUGCGCGCUCACGUUACGUCCGGUCGAAUUGGUACAAACUCAACCGUCUCGAUCCCUACGACGACAAUAUGUUCAGCACCACCUCAACUGUCGAGCACGACAAGCUCAAGAGCAAGAUGGCUCCCGGCUACUCAGGCAGAGAUAACACCGGCGUGGAGAAGGAUAUUGACCUCGUCAUCAGCAAGCUUGUUGAUAAGAUCAGAGCCAAGUACGCGGCACCCAAGGGAUCCACGUCACCGAUUGGGAGGGAAAGGCUGGAGUUCGGCCAGAUGGCUCAGUAUUUCACCUUGGAUGUCAUCUGCAAGACGGCGUUCCAGGUCGAGUUCGAUCAUAUCACCAAGGAGGAGGACGUGUUUGGGUAUAUCUACAUGGUCAACAAUCUGGUCUAUGGAAACGCCAUGGGUGCGACGAUUCCGAUGAUCGGAAAGAUUCUGAGCAACCCGUUGUUCUUGAAGAUCUUUGGUCCGACGACAAAGGAUCCGAAAGGGAUGGGGUUGAUUAUGAAGGUCGCUCGCGAGAUUGUCGGUAAACGCUUCGCUGCUGAUGCCAAAGAUCAGCAGGACAUGCUCGGCUCCUUCAUCCGCCGCGGCCUCACCCAGCGGCAAUGCGAGACCGAAUCCAUCUUCCAAAUCCUCGCUGGCUCCGACACCACGGCCACCGGUAUUCGGUCGGGUCUUCUCUACCUCUGCUCCAACCCACGGGCCUACACCCGCCUGCAGCGCGAAAUCGACGAACGCAUCGCCUCAGGUCUCAUUUCCAAUCCUUGCAUCACCAACUCCGAGUCCCUUGCCUUCCCCUACCUACAAGCAGUCAUCUACGAAUCUCUCCGCAUGCGCCCACCUUUUGACGGCUUGCCCUUCAAGAUCGUGCCGCCUGAGGGCGACCAUACCCGCGACGGAAGGUUUAUUCCGGGGGGAACCAAGAUUACGGCGACGUUUGGUGCGAUGCAGAGGAAUAAAGAGGUUUUUGGGGUUGAUAGCGAUGUUUGGAGACCCGAAAGGUGGUUAGAGGAGGAGGGUUGCGAUGCGGAAAGAAGGAGGGAGAUGAAGAGUGUGAUGGAGAUGGUGUUUGGGUAUGGGAGGUGGCAGUGCGCGGGGAAGAUGGUGGCGAUGUUGGAGUUGAAUAAGUUGAUUCGGAACUUCGACUUCCAGCUCGCUGACCCUACGCAACCGUGGAAGAGCCGCAACUAUCAUAUCUUUUUCCACGACGACUUUUAUUUCACUGUCACAGACAGGCACAGCAAGUUGGAGGAAGACAAGUCUGGCUAG